CGCCCAACCGUCUUCAUUAUCGUGUAAUAUCGUGAAUUGGACGGUGUAUUUUCAGAGCUUAAUCUCAAAACGCUAACGCAUAUUGAAGAUUCCUGGGCAACUGAUGAAAAAUGGCGAGAACUAAGGAAGGUUGUAUGAUAAUCUUGGACGUUGGGAAGGAUACUCUGAUAAAAAGCGGCAACAAUGAACAAACAUUUUUCGAACGCGCCAAGAACUGCGUGUCGAAAAUCGUCCAAAGAAAGAUUUUUAGCAAACCACUGGAUGAAGUUGGUUUGGUGCUGAUGGGUACGGAGGAAACUAACAAUCAACUGAAUGUUGAAUACGGUGGAUAUCAGCAUAUUUCCGAGGCUUUCGAGCUGAAUCCCAGCAAUUGGCAGAUGCUCAGGAUUAUGGAGAAGCAGGUCCUUCCGUCUAGUGUGAACGCUGAUUGGUUCGAUGCGCUGGUUGUGGCAAUGAACUUUUUAAAAGUUGGUGCACAAGCAAAAAAGUUUGCCUCCUUGAAAAUCAUUCUUGUAUCGGCUCUAUCGAUUUCAACCAACUUGGAUGUGGAUCAAAUGGAAGCAGUAGUCCAAAAACUCACGAACAUGCCUUGCGAACUGAACGUUAUCAAUGAUAGCGUUGAACAUCAGAUAGAAUCUGAUGAUCAACCAGACGACGACGACCAUUUGGCGUUUGAAGCGCUCGGCAUUUUCAGUCAGAUGCACCACAAGUCUAAAGAACAACAAACAAACGAGAAAAUGCUAUCGGAUAUAGUGUUCAAAUCCAAUGGUGCGCUUUGUAACAUUGAUUCUGCUGAACUGCUUCUUGUUCAUUUUGAGAAAAAAGCGACUAGGGCUGCCCCAUGGAACAGUAUCAUGUCUAUUGGAACGAAGAUUCAAAUCAGCGUUUCUGCCUACCUCUUGAUUACAGAGGAAAAGGGAUUAGGAUCGUUCAAAACCGUGAGCACUGAUCCCAAUGCCGUCGUUCAGUUGAAAACCGACUACUUCAAAAAUGAUAAGCAAUUCGAACCGGAUUAUGAAAGUGUGAUCAAUGGCUACAUGUACGGUUCGACUGUGGUACCUUAUGAUAGUCAAAUUGAUAUCGAUUACAAAUCUGGAGAACAGCGGCUGUCCUGUUUGGGCUUCACUAUGGCUGGAAAUAUCCUUGAAGAGUAUUUGUGUGGUACCGGAACCCAUGUGGUUGUUGCAAAAAAAGAUUGCCAAGCAUCGGAGACUAAACUAUCAGCUCUCGUAAAAGCCAUGAUUGAUCUGGACGUUGUAAUGAUUGCGACAAAAGUCUACAGACGUGAUACUCGUCCUAAGAUCAACGUCCUUAUGCCAACUUAUCGAAAACGUUAUCCGUGCUUGAUAAUGUUGGAGCUGUGUUUUCAAGAGGAAGUCGCCUUACUGAAGUUCCCUCCACUCCUCUCUAACAAACACAAACCAACCGACGCCCAGUAUGAGGCCAUGGAAAAACUGAUCGACUCCAUGGAUCUGAUGGAUGCAUUGGAUGACGACACCGGUUCCAAAGAAGCCUUCGCCCUACAUAAAACAUUAAAUCCAAUCCAUCAACACGUGUUCAGAACGGUGGCGCAUCGAGCUUUGCAUCCCAAAGCGCCUAUUCCGACCAUGGAUGAAAAGCUAAAAAAGCUCGUAGACGUGCCGCCCAAGGUACGGGAGAGAUCCAAACCUGUUUUGGAGGAAGUCAAAAACCUGUUUCCUUUGAAAGAAAUCAAAAUCAAUGCACGGCUCAAGUGGCUUCAGAGAGCGAACAAAAUUACAGCUCAUACUGAUGCAACCAGUGCAGGCACUUCUCAGCAGAACGACAUCAACGACGAAGACGAAUUUGAUGACCAAAGAACGAUUGUGGAAGUGGGCACCGUAACUCCCGCAGAAGAUUUCGCUUUACUAUUGAAACGGGGAGAAAAGUUUACUACGCUCUGCAUCCAAAUCCAGAACGUUAUUUCAGAUCUGGUCUUCAAAUCGAUGACCGUUCAGUAUGAGAAAGUGGCCAUGGCCAUGAUGAUGUAUCGCGAAGAAGCGAAAAUUAUGGGUCCCUAUCGAUACAACGAGUGGAUAACCGAGUUCAAGAAAAGUCUACUCGCUCGAAGUAAGCAGGAAUUUUGGGAACAGGUGGUAGUUAAAGAGUGUUUUGGACUGAUUGGGUCGACCGAGAGCGACAUGAGUACAGUAACCGCAGUUGAAGUGGAGGAAUUCUACAACGUAAACACAGCACCGAAAGCUAGUGGCACUGAAGAUAAUGCUGAUUACGUGGAUGCGGAUGAUUUGUUUGCCAAUAUGUAAAUUUUUUGCAACGCAUAGGUUUGGACAGCAGGUGAAAAGCCCCAUUUUGUAUUCUGUUCGAAACGGAUCUCCCGUACAUAUUUUUUAUGGGAAAUCCAGUUCGGACGAAAUACAGAAUAGUAGUGUUUAUUUUAUAGUAGGUAGCCCACUAAAGUCAUUCAAAUGUUGAAAGAAAGAUUCUCUAUUCUUUUCAAAACGGAUUCCCAAUACAAUUUUUUGUU